AUGGGUUCAAAAGGAGAUCCGUUAUGGAAAUGUAGAUACUUCGCUGUUCAGGAAAACGCCAGCGUUGUAAAUUAUCCUUUUUUGGAUUGUGAGUUGGUGGAUAAUUAUUGGCUAAUAAAAGGUACAACUUUUAAGUGGUGCUGCUGCAAAACCUUCUUGUCUAUGGCGUCAGACCAGAAUAGAUUUAUGCAGCCACAGCAAGCAGCAGCUCCUCGGUGCAAGAGGUUGGGGAGCUGUUUCGGCGGGCUGCCGUGCUUCCGCAAACCCAAAGGUGGUAAGAGGAUCGUGCCCGCAUCACGCAUGCCCGAGGGCAACCCGAACCCCAACCAGCCCAACCGACCCCAUCAGGCCGUGGCCCUCCCUAAUCAGACCACUGCCAUUCACCCUUCCCUCUAUGCCCCACCUUCAUCUCCCGCCUCCUUCUCCAACUCCGGCCUCCCCUCCACUGCCCAGUCCCCAACCAACUUCCUCUCCCCCUCCCCCACCCCCACCGGGCCCUCCUCCACCAUGUUUGUCACGGGCCCUUACGCAAACGAGCCCCAGCUCGUGUCCCCUCCCGUCUUCUCCACUUACACAACUGAGCCCUCCACUGCCCCCGUCACCCCUCCACCCGAACUCGCACACUAUCUCACCACCACCCCUUCCUCACCGGAAGUGCCGUACGCUCAUUUCCUAUCAAAGGGUGGUCCCGCCACCAACCAGAAUCUACCGGCCAACGACCUUCAGGCCACAUACUCGCUCUAUCCCGGGAGCCCCACCAGGUCCCCCAUCUCCACCCAGGAGCCCAUUUACCCGAAUUCCGAGUCGGGACGUUUCGACACCUCAAGAUCCCGCCGUGACUCCAACUUCUUCUGCCCGGAGACGUUCGCACAGUUCUAUGACCAGUCUUCCUUCUCCCAGGCUGGUGGUCGGUUGAGUAUUUCUCGGGAAACUGAGGCUUACUCCAAUGGGAAUAGGUCAGUCAGGAUUAUUAAGCCCGAUGCCGAGGAAUUGGAGGCUUACAGGGCCUCUUUCGGGUUCAGUGCGGAUGAGAUCAUCACAACGGCUCAGUAUGUCGAGAUAUCUGAUGUGUUGGAGGAUAAUUUUACGCUUAACAAGUCUGCUGGAGGAGACGAGCGUUUCUUGACUGGACAAGUGAAAGGGAAAGGGCAAGAUGAUAUUUCACUUAGUCCAGGGCCCGGUUUUAGUGGCUCUCCCGGUGGAGAUAAAGUUAUUGAAGGUCAAGCUCCACAGAAACAGAAUGGAGAUGUUUCCAGAAAAACUGCUUCCAGAAAAAUGUUACCGAGUUCCCAAUCUCUGAGUGAUGAUGAUGAGGACAUAUUCUCUAAGAUGGGGGCACCAAAAGUCGGUCGUAAUAGCCAUUUCGGUUCGUCAAACUCCGAUGCUGAAAUUGAGUACAGGAGGGGUAGAAGCCUGAGAGAAGGAUGGAGAAACUGUUAA